AUGCAUCGUAGCCUCCUGAUAACAGUAGCCUUGAUGGCGACGGUGUAUGUGGCGGUGGCUGACAGUGGAUAUGGUGGACGCGGAGGUGGAAGUGGAGGCAGCCACGGAGGAGGAUUCGGAGGCGGAAACGGAGGUGGAUUCGGAGGCGGAAACGGAGGUGGAUUCGGAGGGAACGGGGGUGGAUUCGGAGGUGGAAAUGGCGGUGCCGGAGGUUAUGGCUCUAAUGGCGUGGGAGGAGGCAGCGUGGCUUCUGGAAUCCUCCUCGGAAGUGGAAGCCUCCAAAGUGUCGGUGGCUCAGGAUUUGGUGGCGGUUUCGGCGGAGGAAAUGACGGUUUUGGCGGUGGAAAUGGCGGUUUUGGCGGUGGAAAUGGCGGUUUUGGCGGUGGAAACGGCGGUUUUGGCGGUGGAAAUGGCGGUUUGGGCGGUGUCAGUGGUGGGGCUGGUGGUUUCAGCGGCGGGUUUGGAGGUGGCAGUGGUGGAAGUGCUGGUGGCAGUUACGGAAGGAAAUAA